UGAGCAUUUAUAUCAAUUUCUUAUCGUGUACAUUGAUAUCACGUUUUUAGAAGGACAUUGAAGAUGAAUUACUAAAAAUAUUGUGUACAAUGAGAUCUCGUUUGUUAGGAGAACAUUCAUUUAAGAUUAUUAAAGAUGUUGUUAGUAUAACUUCAGAAGAUUCAACAGAUGUGUGGGUCUAGACUGUUCAUCUUUGUAAGAAUAGUAUGGAUGAAGUUUACAAAAACAAGGCUUUACAUGGCGAUUUCUAAUAUAGUAUGUGGUUUCGUACGUCUAAUUAGAAAUCCAAUUAAUGCUAUACAGAAACUAAAAACGUUUAUACUACCGAGUCAUGUCAGAAAGGUUCUAGUAUAUGAUACUGAGGAAGGAGAAACAACAAGAUGCUUUAUUGAGGCCCUCAAAAGACAACUUGGCGUCUUUGAAUUGCAAGAUUUUCACGCUGCUAGUGACGAAGAAAAGGAUACUCUUUCUAUCAUUGCAGUUGUACGCCACACUUCAAUACGUAUGGCAGAAAUCUUACGUGAAGUAAAAGAACAAUUUGAUAAAGAGAAUGUCAAAGAUCUUAAAAGAGUGUUUGUUGCUUGCAUUUACGGCAAUAGACGAGAUGAACCGUAUUUUGAAAUGAUUGAAGAGAUAUCCGAGACUGGUCAGGACAACUUUGCAACGAUAUUACCGAUUGACUUCAUCGACAAAUGUCUGGUUUGGAAUUUCGCUUCUUAUUUACGGAUUUAUUGGAAAAUAUUUCUUAAACCGACUAACGCAGCAACUCUACGGAAACUAGAAAGGUGUAUAUUAAUAUCGAGGAAAGUCACAAAGAAACGGCUUGUCAAUGUGUACGUCGACGUGAAUUCGCCUCUUGUGAAAGAAUUUAUUGCGGAAUUACGUCAAAAGAUUUCAAGCUCAAUUUAUUUACAAGACGUGAUGCCUUUAGAAGUGAUCAAUGAAACAUCGCCUACCUUGAUUUGUACAACAGGGGAUGUGAAGGAUUGUCAGGAGAAACUCAAAGAGAAAGACUUGAAGGAGGUUUUCUUUUGCCACAUAAUUGAUAUUGAAAAUGUAUCAUCGAAAAUUGGUAAACAUAACAGCGCUGAUGACAGGGAUGAAGAGGAACGAAAUCCCAGUUCUGCGUCACCUGCUGGUGCCGGAAACAAUACAACACAAAAUGCCAAAAAUAUGCCUUGGAAAAUGUCUGAGAUACUUUAUUACAAUGGAAAGUUUAAAUUUGAUUUAGAUUUUAUAAAGCAAUUUGAAACCUUUGUUCGCACAUGUUCUGAAGAAAUAAAACCUCCAUCUGGAUAAGUUUUGGAAUAUCAGGAUUGUACCUACAUGAUAUGAUGUAUUUUAUUAGUUAUUAAGAUUUUUGACUGAUUUUGAUGUUAUUAAACCGUAUUUUAACCGCAUUGAGUAAAUAUAUUUCGAGUCGCGCUUACUAAUAAUAAUUGUGAUUGCGUCUGGCCAGACAAAAAAACAAUUACAAAGAUCAGUUGCCUUGAGCAAACUGCAACUAGUUCUAGACAAUUUUGAUGCAAUUAUUAUAGUUGAUAUAAAAUACCCAACAAGAGUGAGAUAUGGAAAAGAGAAGUUAUAAGUUCAAUUGUCAUUUUCAUACAGUCAUCUACGCCUUAGUCGUAUUUAUUUAAUAAUAGAGUGUCAUUCGAUUUACUGGAAAUCAUAACGAGUCACCAGUGCACUAAAUAUAUGGAACAUUAUUCAGUUUUGUUGUGAUUCUUUAUAAAGCUUCUCUAAAACUCAAAUUCUGUAUUUUAAACUAUAACCUAAGGUUAUGGAAAUUGUAACUGUGUUUACUUAAUAUGAUUUUUGCAAUUGUUUUACCAUGUGCAUCUGUACAUCAUUACUUUUUUAUUAUAAUCUCUGAUCAAUAAACAGAAUAUUUUGAAACGUU